UGCUGAAAGAUCAACAACAAAAUGGCAACGAUGGCGGCAGGGCAGCGCACCCGCCUCUUGGUGGGCACAUAUACGCGGAAGGAGGACCACGUGGAUGGCAAGGGCAACGGAAUCUACACUGUUUCGAUCGAUCAUGCAACUGGAAAGAUGGCAUUGAGCCACGUCAACGAAAACGCUGGGGUCAACCCUUCUUUUGUCGUCGUCAAGGGCAGUUCCGCAUACGCCGUCAACGAACACUCGGACGCGCUCCAAGACACGUUUCCACACGGAUCUGGCAUGGUGGUUUCGUUUACAUUGGAUGAACAAGGCAGGUUGCACCGUACAUCGGAGCAUCCUUCGCGAGGAGGCUUCCCGUGCCACCUCUCCAUCGACCCUUCUGGGUCGUUCGUCGCCGUGGCAAACUACGGUGGUGGCAACGUCAGUGUAUUCCCAAUCGAUCGUCGCAACGGCAAGCUUCACGACAGUUCUGGCUUCGUUCAAAUGACGGGGGCGAGCUUGGCUAACCCACAGCGCCAAGAAGCUCCGCACUGCCAUAGUACGACGUGGUUGUCUCCUACCACCCUCGCCAUUGUAGACUUGGGGAGCGACAAAAUCUCGCACCAGUUUCUAAGUCCUGGGGGCGCAUUGACUCAGCAUCCUGACGCCGACGACAUGACGUUGCCGCCUGGGUCGGGACCGCGCCACUUGGACAUCCAUCCAACCCUGCCCCUCGCUUACGUUGUACACGAGCUUUCAAACAAAUUGUCUGUCCACACCAUCGACGCCAACCGCGGGCUCUUGUCGACGCCGCUGCAAACUGUCUCGUUGGUCUCUGCAGCCUUCAAAGCAAAGUCGUCGGUCGAAAGCAUUGCGGCCGAAGUCCGUGUAUCGAAAUGCGGCCACUUUGUCUUGGCAUCUGUCCGUGGUAUCGACCAACUCGCAGUAUUCCGCAUCACGUACCCCGCCGGAUUGUUGUCAGCGCCGCAGUAUGUGUCGUCGCAAGGCACGGUGCCGCGGCACUUCACCCUCGUGGGGACCGACCUCGUUGUCGUCGCGAACCAAAACUCGCACUCGAUUGUGUCAUAUCGCUUGUCUUCGCUUGACGGAGUCGUGCCGACAGGUCACUCGUUGCACAUCCCAUCGCCGUCGUGUGUGGCUGUCGUCGUUUCAUAGCGGUUGCUAUAUUUCGACCACGAACAAGGUCAAGGCGAGAAGGCGGGUCCGCGUGCCGUCGGUCGAGCGAUUGCCUUGUAAAUUCAAUCGAACCAGCGAGAAAUGCUUGGCUUGAGCUUCGAUCAUGAGCAUCCCUUCUUC